AUGUCUGAUUUAAAUUCACCUCCUGAAUCCACUUUUGCACCUCCUGCAUCCACUUUUGCACCUCCUGCAUCUACUUCUGCCACUGAGGAUUCCGACAAUGAAUAUAAACCCCCCACAAUGAGUCUUGCAGAUAUUGCAGUUACAUUGGCAAUGGCUGCAUUGUGCGUUCAAGCCUGUAUCAGUCAAUAUCAGAUGGAGGCUGCUGAGAACAAUGUUCCUUCAGCUCGGAUAAUGUACUUUAAAGCCGGAAUCCAAUGGGAGAUCACUACUUUUGUGACACCGAUUCUGCAGUACUCAGCUGCAAGGAACAUAAUUUCGGUUAUGCCACCCCCGAUCGCUCAUAUUCUUCACUUGUUUCCUCAGCUCACAUGGAACGCGGUUCCAGACCACAUCUUUUCAUCCCACCUAUCUGAGUUUCAUCUGAUCUGGGAUCACGGAGAACCCUCCCGGAUCGUAUCCUCCUAUGAUACUCCAUGGUGGAUGGGGGACACUACAAUCCCUAACCAACCAUGGCAAUGGGAUCGGGUAAUAGAUUCCUGUCACUUUCACUACCAGCAUUGGCUAAGCGGCGUUGAGGACAAUGGUUUCAUCCUUCCAGAGCAGCUGGACAGCAACCCGGCUCCAUCACUGGUGGGACUGAAGUGGAUUAGGGAAUGCCUGGUGUCAUUGAUUCAGGACCAUCAGGAGGGCAUCCGUGAUAAGAUGGUGGAGAUUGAUAUGUACACUGACACCCUAGCCCGGUUGAAGAGAGCCAGAGGGGAUGAUCCCUAUUAA